AUGGUUUCGAUGGCUUCCGACUCCCGUCGCCCGUCGCGGGUAUCGGUCACGCGAGCGGAACAAGGCGUCGACACCACCCAGGCGGAUCGCACGCUGGAGGACCUGGGGUACACGCCCGAAUUAAGCCGCAACCGCUCCGUCUGGCAAGUCACUUUUAUGUGCUUCAUCCUCUCGUCGGUCCCCUACGGUCUGUCGACUACGCUGUACUAUCCUCUGGCCGCCGGUGGCCCCGUCGACAUCGUUUGGGGCUGGGUACUGGUGUCCUUCUUGAUCCUAUGCGUCGCCAUUUCCUUGGCCGAAAUCACCUCAGUCUAUCCCACUGCCGGUGGCGUCUACUAUCAAACCUUUGUCCUGUCGCCACUCUGGUGUCGUCGCGUAGCCUCGUGGAUCUGCGGCUGGGCUUAUGUCGCGGGCAACAUCACCAUUACCCUGGCGGUCAACUUCGGAACUACACUCUUCUUCGUCUCCUGUCUCAACGUAUUCGAAAAGGCCCCCAACGUCGGCAUCACCGAUGACUUUCAACCCUACCAAACCUACCUCAUUUUCUUAGCCAUCACCCUGCUCACUCAUGCCAUUUCCGCAUUUGGUAACAAAUGGCUGCCAUGGUUGGAAACCUUUGCUAUUUUCUGGACCCUCGCCGGAUUGAUCGCGAUCGUCGUCUUCGGUCACUUUGAGCCUCAGGCUGGGUGGCCUGCCGGUUGGUCAUUUUUCAUCGGGUUGUUGCACGCCGCCUAUGCGACCUCUGCUACUGGCAUGAUCGUCUCUCUCUGUGAAGAGGUCCGAGAGCCCGCAGUCAUGGUCCCCAAGGCCAUGGUCGGAACCGUCAUCAUCAACACCAUCGCCGGUCUUGUGUUCUUGAUCCCAGUCUGCUUUGUUUUGCCGGAUUUGAAGGACCUGGUGGCCCUAGCUUCGGCUCAGCCGACGCCCCCGAUCUUUAAAUCGGCCAUCGGCAACUCCGCCGGCGCAUUCUGUCUACUGAUCCCGUUGCUAGUCCUCGGCAUCAUCUGCGGAGUGGGUUGUGUGACGGCUACUUCCCGCUGUACCUGGGCCUUUGCCCGUGAUGGCGGCAUUCCUGGCUCGGGAUGGUGGCGUGUCAUCAACAAGCACCUGGAUAUCCCCUUCAAUGCCAUGAUGCUUGGUAUGGUCAUCGAGAUUGCCCUGGGCGCUAUUUACUUCGGGUCCACCGCUGCCUACAAUGCCUUCUCGGGUGUGGGCGUUAUCUUCUUGACCAUGAGUUACGCCUGUCCGAUCGCCGUGUCACUGAUCUUCCGCCGUCGCGAGGACAUUGAGCAUGGUAGCUUCAACUUUGGCUUCGUGGGUAUGAUGGCCAACAUCUUUGCUCUGGCAUGGAGUAUGCUUGCCAUUCCGUUGUUCAGUAUGCCAACGCUCAAGGCCGUCACCAAGGAGAGCAUGAACUACGCCUCUGUGGUCUUCGUUGGGUUUGUUAUGAUUGCGGCCGUCUGGUAUGGAGUCUGGGGUUACCACAACUACCGCGGACCCCCCACCGAAGCCGUGGGACGAGAUGAAGAUUCUGCGCCGGACGCCACGACCGAAGUGCCCGACAAGAUGAAGAGUCCAUGA